AGGAUCUCGCACAGACGGGGAUCCUUCGGUGCUCAAUGGUGGUCGCGGAAAGUGUUCAGUCGAUUUUCGUCGGCCGAGCUGAAAACGUUGUUCUUCUAACUUACAUCCCUACGCUACUGUAGCAAACAACAACCAAUCAACAACAGAAAAAAAAGUUUAUCAAAAGGCAUCACUCGGAAACAAAACACGCCUGCUAAAUUUUCUCCGCCUGCUUCGUUCGCCUGUUUAUUUGUUUGUGUUUUCUUUUUGCGGAACGCGUGAAAAAAAGCAAAAAGUCAAGAGAAAAAAAAACAAAAUCAGCAAUUCAUCCUGUUUCCAACCUGUCUUCAAGUCGGUCCCCUUGACGGAUCGCGCUUUCCCGGGUUUUCGCAGUGCUCUAAGGUGCGGUCAGCCCGUGUGAGUGUGUGAGAAAGUGUUUUCGUUGGAAAGGUCCAUUAGAGACGAUGACAACAACAAACUAGUGAUGAUACCUACUUGGAUGGAAAACUUUACGGAGUGAGGGUGACGAUAAAAGAAAAACACAACACGACAGCGCGGUGUCGCCUGGGGACUCGAGGAGAGAAAACUACUGAAAAGCCCAGAGCCCCCAACUUUGACCGCAGCAACAUCCACAUUGAGACGAAGGAAAGUAAUCAAAAGUGUGAUCCCGGUGCAGCAAUUUUACUUCUUCUUUAUAUUUUUUUUUACUACACGUGGUUGCUUACUUGUGUUGCCUGUUGCCUCACCUUCGGUUAGUGGUGGGCGAAAAGAAGAUUUGAAGGUUGAGUCAAAAGGAGAGGAAAGAGUGCGGAAUUCACUGUGUGGAAGUGGAAGGAAGGAAGAAAAGGGAGUUAUAAUUAGUAACAGUUUGUGUUGGGAAGAGUGCGUCUGUUUACGGUAAUCCAAGUGUCCAAACUGUGGGAGAGUGUGAAUUUGCAGUGGCAAAGUAUCGUCAUCAUUGGCCAAAGAAAACACGAUUCUCGAUUAACGAGGAGGAGGGUGCAUCAAGGAGGAAGCGAAAGAGGAGGAGGAGUUUAGUAUAUCAACUGUUCCAGAAACCGUGUCAGGAGUCGUGGCGAGUCAAAAAAAAAAAUGCGACAUAAUUGAGUAAUUAAUAAGUGAGACUUAAUGAUCAAAUUUUUUUUUUUUUUGGUAAGUGAUUUAUCGGGACGAGUCGAUUUUGAGUGUUAAAGUGGCAGACAACUGAUGCAACGCGGUCGACGAUAGCCAAGAGAAACCGAAAUCGGAAACCGUUGAUUUCGGUGGUGGUUCGCAGAGCCCCUAACGGCGGUGGUGGCGGUGACGAUCACGAUCACGACAACGACGACGACGACUGCGACUACGAAGUCCAAGAUUUCGGGUGCCUUUCCGAUAAGGUUGCUGCUGCGGUAGUGCAAGCUUGAUUCUCGGUGCAGGCCACGAAUCCCAAAACCGGAUAGUUGAAUGAGUAACAGUGCAAUGGUUGCGGUGGCCAUCUGCUGUAUUUUGGUACUGCUGGCAGUUUUCAUCGUACUGAUAAUAGUUGUCGGGCAGUCGAUGGGCGAACCAAAGUGAGAUAAGCUCCAACUGGGGCCUGGUCACUUCGCCGAUGGAUAGCCACGGCCCCCCGGCUGUUAGAAUUCGGACAGAUUUUGUUCCACUAGUGUUAACGAAUGGCUGCGCCAGUGGCUUCCAGGGUGGUACCGUUGAACAACCCCGGUAUCAUAGUCACUAACAUAACGAUCGGCUAACGACAACGUAGAAGAGAUGCUCCCUAGUCACGAUAGUAGUCCUGCCAUCUGCGGAGAAAACCAUCAGGCGGUUGAACAUUGUACGAUUCCUCCACAGCCCUAUCCAGACCAUCUCCACGUCUUCACGAAACGCAAUCACACAUACUCGGAAAAAUUGUAAAUAUCGCGAUGGCUAUCCUCUAAAUGUUUCCUUCCCUUCGUAGCUACAACGCAUUAUGUAAAAGCCACGUACAAGUUAGCGCACUGGCCCCGGUGGCGACAAGCUUUUUGCAGCAGCACCAGCGUAGUUUCGAACCCAACUCUAACCAACUAUCCAACCAAUGAACCUGCUUCGCUUUCCCCAAACCUAAAAUCUUCCAAUCUCUCAACGACACACUGAAACAAACCAGACAAACAAAAACCUACUCACGUGACAAUGACACAGACGGUGACAACGACAAAACAUAGGAAAAUCUUCCCAGCAAACAUCAAAGCACCAAGCAGAACAAAUACAAACACUGGAAUAAAAUCUUUCUCAAUAAUUCUACACAGCCAGAAAGGGGGCUUCGAUUUAGAAUACAUCAACACACAAACACACAUACACACAGUAACACAAACAAAACAAAUGACCAUAGGGUUAGUGAACUUUAGGAAUCCACUUUGAUGCUUAUGCAAAUUCUAGAAGCUAAACAUAUCGCAAAAAAAGGCAAAAAAAACUAUGAUCGAUUUCUAAACAAACAAACAAAAAAUUCGCUGAAAAAACAGUUAAAAAGAAAUUACCAAAAAAAAAUAGCAAAAUGAUGAAAUUUCUUUCUCCGUUUAGCAAGGAAUUUGUAGCGAAGAAAAAUAAAAAUGCGAUGAAACGUCAACAUAUCGCAGCAAGCGGUGACCAAAAAAUGCAAACAAAACAAAUCACCAUUCAAGGUAUUCGGCGUUGAGCCAUUGAAGUCGCGACAGGUAGCCUUUCGAUUCCCGCUUCAAAUACGGAAGUUUUCUUAAAUCGAUUCAUUAAAAUUACGCACAGAGAAAAGUGAAAAAAUAGUAAAUUCCAUUUUAACUUGCAAAAAAAUCGAGAAAAUCCUAUCUCUUAAUUUUUUAUUUUGAUUUUUGAUUUUGAUCUCUUAAUUUUGAUUAAAAUUAUCAAAAUUUAUUCAGAAACGUGAAGUAAGAAAAAAAAUCCCUGAAAUUUCAAGCUUAAAUGGCACGCUUCCCAGUAUUGAAAACUAAAUACCCUGCAGAAAAAUCUGUUUCUUAUCGAAACGUCAACAAACGAUCCGAGUUUUUAACUGAUGAAAAUCUAGCUGAGUCUGUUUUCGCUUGCAUUUGAAUUUAUGAAAGCUAGUCAGUUCGUUAGCAAUAGCGUUUGAGAUGAAUUUCAUUUUGCAAAAUGUUUUUGGAAAAAAUUCAAUACAAAAAUGUUUUGGAUGUGGUUAAAAUUAUCACCAUUUUUUUCAGAAACGUGAAGUAAUAAAAAAAAUCCCUGAAAUUCCAAGUCUAAACCUGGACUGGACAGUUGAGUCAGCAUGAAAAAAUCAGCAUCGCAGAAGCGAUUUCUAACGAUUCCUUAGUUAAUAAGUAUAAAAUUUUUUUUCUCAAAAUAGAGCAACUCAAUGGCAUUCCAUUAUUGAACAUUGAAUAUCCUGAAGAAGAAUCAGUUUUCUAUAGAAACGUCAAUAAGCGAUCCGAGUUUUUAACUGAUGAAAAUCUAGCUGAGACUGUUUUCGCUUGCAUUUUUGAAUUUGUAAACACUAGUCAGCUAGUCAGGCACGCCUCCCAUUAUUGUAAACUGAAUACCCUGAAGAAGAAUAAAUACCUCCUAGAAACGUCGGCAAGCGAUCCAAGUUUUAAACUGAAAAAAAGAAGUUCUGAAUGAUGAAGUUGGUUUCCGUUUGUUUUGAAUUGAUAAAAAUCAGUCAGUUCGUUAGCACUUGUGUUAGAGGUACAAUUUUGCAAAAUGUUUUUGAAAAAAAAAUCAUAUUAAAAUAUUUAUGAUGUAAUCAAAAUUUUACCAGUUUUCAAAGAAACGUGAAGUUAGAAAAAAAAUCUCUGAAAUUUCAAGCUUUAACCUGCAUGAAAAAUUAGCAUCGGAAAAGCGAUUUCUAACGAUUCAUUAGCUAAGAAGAAUAAAAUCUUUUUUACGCUAUAAAUAGAUUGACCCACUGGCAUCAUUGAACAUUGAAUACCCUGAAGAAGAAAAAGUUACUCCUAAAAACGUCGACAAGCGAUUCGAAUUUUAAACAGAAAAAAUAAAUUCUAAGUCAUAAAGUUGUUUUUCCUUUGCUUUUGAAUUUAAAAAAAAAUAGUCAGUUCGUUUGCGUUAUUUGCGCUUGAGAUGAAAUGAAUGUUGCAAAAUAUUUUGGAUAAAAUUUCCAUAUUAAAAGGUUUAGAAUAUGGUUAAAAUUAUCACAUUUUUUAAAAAACCAGAAAAUAAUGAAACUUCCAUGCAAUUUCAAGUCAAAGCCUGAUCUGAAAAGUUGAGUCAGCAUGAAACAAUCAGCAUCGCAAAAAGAUUAUAACGAGCUAAGAAGAAUUUUCGCAUUAUAAUGUUAAGUAUGUGUCGUCUGAAAAGUUGAAAGAGAAAAAUGGUCAUCGCGUAAAGAUUUUUAACGAUUUCUUGGAAAAGAAGAAGAAAUUCUGCUUUUUGCACAAAAUGGGGUGGUUCCAAAAGGCACGCCUCCCAUUAUUGAAAACUGAAUACCCCGAAGAAGAAUCAGUUUCUCCUAGAAACGUCAACAAGCGAUCUGAAUUUUAAACUGAAACAAAGCACUAACUCAUAAAGUUGGCUUUCGUUUGCCUUUAACUUUGUAAAAAUUAGUCAUGGGCCUGCCAUUUCAAGUGGCUCAAACGACACGCUCCCCAUUAAUGAAAAUUUAAUACCUAGAAAAAGAAACUAUUUUUUCUAUAAACGUGAACAAGCGACUCGAAUUUUAAACUGAAAAAAUGACACUAAGUCAUAAAGUUGGCUUUCGUUUGCAUUUAACUUUGUAAAAACUAGUCAUGGGCCUGCCAUUUCAAGUGGCUCAAACGACACGCUCCCCAUUAAUGAAAAUUUAAUACCUAGAAAAAGAAACUUUUUUUUCUAUAAACGUGAACAAGCGACUCGAAUUUUAAACUGAAACAAUGAUACUAAGUCAUAAAGUUGGCUUUCGUUUGCAUUUAACUUUGUAAAAAGCUAUUCAAUACGUGAUGAAAAACUUAACAAAAAUCUACAAAGGUAAAAAGUCGCCUGCAAUUUCAAGCAAAGCUAAACUGAUGAAUUGGGUCAAUAUUGGAAAUCGCAAUAUUUUCCUUCCGGAAUACAGUGAUACUCAGAAUGAAGAAUACAAGUAUGAAAAGUACAAUUGAAAAAAAGAAUUUAAAUUACGUUUUGCGAAAUAUUUUGGAAAAAAUGUGAUGUGAUUGAAAUUAUCACAAUUUUUCAAAAACGUCAGAUAAGAAAAAACGUCCAUGAAAUUUCAAGUUAAACCGUCUGGAAGUUGCGUUAGUAUGGAAAAAAUCAGCAUCGCAAAAUUAUUACUUCUAUUCUUUUGUUCAAAAAGGAGUGGCUCAAAUGACACACUCCCCAUUAUUAAAAACUGAAAACCGUGAAAAAGAAACAGUUUCUAUUAGAAACGUGAACAAACGAUCCGAAUUUUAAACUGAAAAAAGAAGUACUGAGUCAUCAAAUUAGAUUUCGUUUGCAUUUGAAUUUGUAAACACUAUUCAGUUGGUUAACAUUUGCGUCUGAGGUGAAUUGUAUUAUUAUGUUAAAUAUUUUGAGAAAAAUUUUCGUAUUAAAAUUUUAAGUACGUGUCGUCUGAAAAGUUGCGACAGUGUGGAAAAAUCUGCAUCACAAGAAGAUUUCUAACGAAUCCUUAGCUAAGUAGAAGGAAAUUUGUUUUUAUUUCUGCUCAAAAAAGAGUGACUCAAAUGGCACGCUUCCCAUCAUUGAAAAGUGAAUACCCUGAAGAAGAAUCAGUUUAUCUUGGAAACGUCAACAAUCGAUUCGAAUUUUUAAUUAAAAAAAAAACACUGAGUCUUGAAUCUGGCUUAUGUUUGCAUUUUAAUCUGUUCAAGACAUGAUUAAACAUAUCCGAGUUUUUUUUCAAAUAUGGUGACAACACGAAAAAUAUGCCCGACAAUUUCGAGCAAAAUUAAACUGAUAAAUUGAUAAUUGCUAAUUUUUUUCCAAAGUCUCGAAGUCGCUAUUUUUCAUAAAAAUAUUCUGAAUGAAACAAGAUCUCGCCGAUUUUUCAUUUCACAAAAGUUGACUUAAAAAAAAUCGGUUUCGUAAAUAUUUUAAUCUUUGUAAGUCUAAAAGUCGAUAUUUUUCAAAUUUAAGAAAUGUGACUUCAAAACAUUUUUUACGAUUUCGGAAAUUUGAUGUCAUCAGGGAGCUUUUUCGUUUUCAAAAUUCAAAAUUUUUAAACAUUGUCCGCUGGGCGGCAGCCUUUACUGAUGUACGAGUUUGCACAAAUUUUUCAAAGGGUUUUUUUAUGGUGUCAUUUUUAUUGGUAUUCUAAUGACCACUAUUUUCGGUGCUUUCUUAAUCGGAAACCGAGAACCAGUGUAGCCAUAAUCGGUUUGUUUCGUCAUAUACUGACAAUGACUAUCGAUUGAGCUCAGUUUCGAAUUUUAAACGUUUUUUUGGUUUUCAGUUUUUAGUGAUGGAAUACAAUUUUUAACACUCUUCACCUGGUACAAAAAAAAACAGCUAAACAGAUGUAAAUUUAAUUCAAUUUUCAAAACACUGUUUUACAAUCGAUUUCCUGUGCUUUUUGAUUUUCAGUUUGCUUACUCUAGAAGUAUUGUUCAUUGUUCUCAUAUAAAACUAUUGUUUUUAUGGUAUUUACUUGUAUUUUUUAUGUUGUUUGAUAAAUUUGAGAGAUUUGUUCUUCGAAUUUUGUUCAGACGACAAUUUUCGAACCUGAACAACAAACGGCUGAUUGUUUAGAAGUUCAACUAAACCACUGUUUUGUGUCCACAAAGAUAACACAACCGGGUGUUUAUAUUUUCCAUGCCGUUCGUCUUCGAUUAAUUGGGGCCAAGCAGGUCUCAUUGCACUGUUUAGUAGUUCAACUGAAACCGCUUUAUAAAAUCGUUUUUGCGUUAAACUUUAUCAAAGCCCACGGACUAGUCGACGGAGAAAUCGAUGAGAAAAUCGAGCCGCUAAUUCUUGUCGUAGCAAUCGUAGGUUUUAGCGACCGAAUAGGCUGCCAUGUGGCUUCAGUGACUUCAAUGACUCAAAACCCGAUUCGCAGCCGCAUCACCACGGAAAGAAACUUUCAUCAUGGCAAGAGUACGGCAAUUUUGCCACACUAUUCAGUAUUAUCCGGUAGACCAGUAGAUUGAGUUUUUGGUGUUGCGGUGUUUUUUUUCUGUUUCUUCCAUAAAUGUAAUAGUAAAUAAUAAACAUACCAAAAGAGAAUAUACACGUUUUACGCGGCAGGUCUUUUGUUCUGCUGCUGCGAAUAGCUCAGUCAGCACAGUACCUAAUGGGUAGUGUUGUUUGUUGUCCUUACCUUACCGCGCGCGCUCGUGCAAAAUGCAAAACAAAAAAAAAACGAACAAAAAAAUAAAACACACAGUAGGCCGGGUGAAUGAUAACUACUCAUUUUCCACGGCGAUAGGUUAGGUAGUUUGUGUCGAAUUAGCGCAGUUACCAAAGUGUUGUUUUAGAUCGGUGUGUGUGGUAUUAUUUUGCUAGAGAACGGAUCAGAGGCGAGGUGCCAAAAUGAACUAAAAUAAAAAAUAAAAAAAAAGAAGAUGAAACAUAAUUUUUUCAGGUGAAAAAAGUGAACGAACAAGGAAACAGAUUAGGACGUAUUUUUUAUGCGGGCGAAUGGUUAAGGUACACUGAUAGUAGUUGUUAGUCCGGUCGGAUCCGGGCCGGGAUGGUGUGCCGGUCUUUGGUCAAAUUCCGCAAUUUUCAACCGAGCUCAGAAGUCGAAAUCGUUUCGCACCAAAUGAAGACGGGGAUCAGGUUCAGUAUCAGGACGAUGAUGAUGAUGAUGAUGAUGCUGACCUACAAGUGAAGUGACGGCAACAACAGAAGCCCACGCUUCCAGUAAGUGCGAGCAAGCGAGACAGACUGAACAGUAGAAGGCACAUUCAUUAUCCAUCCGUUGGGGUUGUGAUGAGCAUAAGCAGCUAUAAACGGGGAUUUAUUGGGUGAUGGUGAGUGGAUCAUGAAUUAUGGUGGGGGAGGGUGUGGAAAGCUUAAUUAAAAAUGAUACUUUCCAACCUGUCUGCCCACGUACGGAAGUGCUAGAGGAAUUGAGGGAGAUAUAAAUCGAACAGCGUUGGCUACGACCCCCAACAAGCUUUCGGUCCGGUAAAAACCUGAUUAUGGUUGAUUGCCUACUUUCGGGAGAACCUUUAUGGCUAAUUGCAUACGCACAGGCGAGUGUGUGUUCAAAUAACUUUUUUUUUCAUCCCAAUCCAGAACGACCUGCUGAUACGGAUUUCGGAGGUGAGUUGGUGUAUCUUCGUUGGUGAUAAGGCAAACGGAAAGUCUAUACCGACAUCGUCGGUAAAUUAAGUUAUUAAAUCGAAGUAAUAAUAAUGAUAAUUACCGCACUCGACGAAGGUAAGGUGAUACUGAAAAAUAUCCGGGGAAAAUGCUAUUACGUACCAGGAUAAUGAUCUGAACGGGACGACGAAGACGGAGAUCUGAUUAGCGAGAGGGCGUGUCAAGUGGCACGGCCCAAGGUCGUGGUUGUCAGGUAGUAAAACCCGGAAAGGGUGGCUUUUUUCGACAUCGGGAUCGAAUUUGCAGUAAUUUAGUGCAAGGUUUCAGCACAAGGUCACUCCCUGCAUCAUAAUUAGUGCAGUGAAUUCACUCGGAAAUCAAGCCUAAUAAAGCGUGGGAGAUGAGUUUUUGGCAAGAAUACUUUGAACUUUUAAACAUUCUCAAACUGUACAAUAUUGGCCUCUCUCACUUUAUUUCUCUCGUAGACAACCAGUGAAUCAACCCACACACGUAGUCAUUGAUUAACGAUUCAAUCCAACGACAUUCGGAUGGGAUUUCGCCUGGAACUAGGUCAACAACUCCAGUCGCUGCUCCGGGAUGUAAAAUUAGAUCAAAGUAGAACGCGGGCUUUCUGAUCCUUUGCCUAACUCCGGCACUUUGACAUGUGUAGAAGCACGAAGAACACGGCUUGUAAACAUCUACCGAAUCUUCGACCGUCUUUCCGUGAUAACCGGAUUUUCAUGUCGUCAAACUUUUCGUCAGUGUGAACCAUUUUACCGCACUGAUACACUGCUUCUCUAUCCGUCUUGUUUUUUUUGAGGGAGGGUUCAAUGUUAAACUGCUGACUACUGUUUGUCAGAACAAACCCGGUCCCGCCGGAUCGCCUAGAAAUGAAUUACAUUCUUCUUUACUGUGUAGGAAAACUCUUCCUUCCUGCUCCCUCAAUGAUGUAGAUCCCGCUCCUGAAGAAACGGGGGAAGGUCAACUGCCAGUCAUACACUGAUAGACUCGAUGGCCCUGGCAGCAGCAAAGCACUGUGUUCACCAGUUUGUCACUAAAUAGAGGGAAAAAGCACUCUCUAAAAUCAAAUCUUCUCGUAAUCCGGACGACGGUGCGGCGGCAUACUCCCCCAAAAAGGAGGAGGGAAUAAAUUCCCGUCAUGUAAGCGGCUUUUCUCUGUUCUGCUCCCCUAAACGAAAAAGCGCAGUCUAUUCAUCGUCAGUCCACUGUCGACCUCGUUCCAGCGGGUGCAUUCGGUUGCAACUGGUGCCAUCCAUUCAUUCCGCACGUCACGUCACGUCACGUGACAACGCAAAGUUUAGUGCAAAUCUAGUUGGCCUUGUUUCGAUUAGCUUAUGUGCGUCCGACAGCCACUGCAGUGCUGGCAGCUGGGCAGCAAAUUGACGGAGCUUGGUUGAGUUCAAUCGAUUUUUGUAGAUUUGAUUGAAUAAAAAUCCAAUGUUCAACGUAAAACAAAAUUGAUUAGAUGUUAAUGAGUGACUCUUCACCUAGAGAUCCGAUUCGCAUAUAAAUAUUGGGGUGAUACGAAACAAGAUUCAUGUCUAAUUUCGCUAGUACUCAAAUGAGUAAGGACCUAAAAAAAAUUCAAUCUCUAUGCAAAAUGUGAGCUGAAUCGGACAUGGUUAAGUGAUGCCACCCGGUUUUUUAGGUGCUUAAUCAUUUGGCUUAAUCAUACCACUUUACGAAAUUCAAGCUGACCAUAGUGAACAGUUUAUAAGGAUCGAUUUUUUGGGCCCAAAAAAGAACAGUUUGCGUGUAUUUAUAGUCAGGGCUCGGCAGCCUGCGACUCUUUAAAUGUGAGUCUGCGGCUCUUUAGUUUUACACUGAGGUCUCUUUUUACGCGGGGGAUACGUACCGCGUAUAAAACCGCCCGAAAAAAACCGCAUAAUUUCGGAAAUCCGCGAAAACGCGUAAAAAAAACCGCGAAUUUCGGAAAUCCGUUCAAAAAACCGCGUAGGAAAUUCGCGUAGAAGAAAAGCGCAAAAUUGAAAAAAAACUGGUGAUGCCAAAUGUCUAGAAAUACAUGAAAUGUCCAGAUCUGGUAGAAUCUCAAAAAGCAAAUUUUUUUUUGAAAAAAUUCGACUUUGGAACUGAGAUUUCCGAAAUCGAAUUUUUUUUGACACCAAAUGUCUUAGAAAUGCAUGAAAAGUUGAGAUUUGGUGUAUCAAAAAAAAAACUUUUUACAAAUCGAAAUUUAAAUUAAUUUUUAAAAUCGAAAAUUAAGAGAAAUUUUACAGAAUUCGGGAAUUUUUUUCACAGAAUUUCAAACAGUUCGUUCUUCAGUACAAUAAUUGCAUUGAUCACAAAGCGUUCGGUAAUCAAUAUUUCGUCGAUCUGACGAGAGCUACCGAACAGGUCUGUAAACACGGGUCAUUCAACUGAAAGCCAUUUUAUCGAAAGUCGUUUCGCCGAAUGCCAUUCUGCCAAAAGAGUAGUUUCGAACACACCACAUUAUUCAUUCGAAACUACAAAUUCCGGCUAUUCAUCCAAAAUGAUCCAGUCACAUAACUGAAGCCAAGAUGGCGACUGAGUUGACCGCCGAUCCGUCUCAAGAGACGACGGUCUCUCGCAAAGAAAUCUGUAAUUGCCUCAGCGGUAGUACACGAAUAAAAACGUUGUGGCUAAACCGCAUUAGAUAUUUUCCUGUCGUCCCAAGUUAACGAAAAAUACCGUAAACAUUCGCCUGGUAGACACACAAAGCAAACACUAAUAAAGUCAAGUUUUCUUGGGAAUAUCCUUCUGAUGAUCAUGAAUCAGUCAGCCAAAUUUAAUCAAGAGAGCAGUCUUUCUGGAUGAAACGCGGUGAAAUUAAUUUAUUUGUUAUUUAUAUAUACUACAUGGAAUGUAAAGUCCCGGGCAUCUCACAGAAAAGACGUGAAAAGUUUCGAACAGUGUACAUUUUUGUUUGAGAACAAACCACUAGAUGGCCCAAUACCAAAUUUCAUGACAAUCUAUCCACUAUUAUUUGAAUAACAUCUGCUCGUGUCACGCGAGUUUUCAUCAAGCGGAUUGAUCUACCAUCCCCCAUAUUCUCCGGACCUGGCUCCCAGCGACUAUUAUUUAUUUCCAAACCUGCAAAAGGGACGAAAUUUCUCCAGGGAAAGAAAUUUUCGUCGAAUCCUGAGAUCAUUGCAGAAACAGAAGCCUGUUUUGACAAAUCUUUUUUUUUUCAAAAAACAUCAAAAUGUUGGGUUAAGUGUAUCGCUCUAAAUGGAGGUUAUACUGAAGAAUAACUUUCAUUCUUUCAUUCUAUUUAGUAUAUGAAUAUGAGAUAUUUCAGAGCUACGAUUGUAAAUCAACAAAACGGGCGUAAACACUGUCAUCUUCCAUUUGCCUCUACUUUAAAUCAGUUCCAGUGCGGUAAUAAGAUAAUUGUACGAUUCAGUGUAGUUACCAUUUCGGCGAAAUGGCCUUUUCGGCUAAAUGGCCCUUUCGGCGAAAUAGUCCUUUCGGCGAAAUGACUUUUGGGCGAAACGGCUUUCAGCGAAAUUACCCUGACCCAAUUUCAUGCUCAUUCUUAUUAUAUAUUUGAUCGAAAAUUGCAAUAACACAAAACCGAUUUUCUUCGUCAAUACAAUCUCCUUCAAGAGCGCAAUAGAACUAUUGCAACGUUUUUCUAACUGCUCGAAGCCGUGCUUGUAAACAGUGAUGGCAUUUCACUAAAGUGAUACACCAGCGUGUAAGUUUCAUGCCUACACUGAAGAUGCAACCAACGAGCAUCGCACAAAAAGGAAAAUUCACUUCUCUCCAGUGUUGAAUAGACAGACUUUGAGUGUGCGCUUGGGUUCAAAGAAGCUGGUGCGAGUGAACCACAUUCUCCUUACAUGAAUCGCUUUCACGUGCUCUCGUCUAAAUACACCCAAGUGUUUAGUGGCGCGUGCACUGAUGAGCGAACACUUAUAGAGAGUAGAGCUGGCCUUGCUAUGAAAAUCUUUAUCACAGGAUAGAAAAAUGAAAAUCCAACGAUAAAUUGUAUUUAGCUGAAUAUGCGUGCCUCACGCUUCUUUUUUUGUAUCGUUUAUUUUUUCCCGGCUUUAACCAAGUUGCGGUCGUUCGCCAGCCUUAUGCGAACCAUACAGCAGAGUGCACUUCGGCGAACGAAUCUGCGUUCACCUUAGAUAAUUUGAGAACUCUGCUCUAGCAUUUUGGUAUGAUCCGGUGCUAGAGGUGAAAGAAAACAAACAUGCGCUCUCAUGAUGUGUGUACACUCCAUAGAAUUAUGGUGCAUGUGUGUAAAAGCUCUCGUUGAUGUUGUCAGUGCGAUGGGAGAAAUUACACUUGCUCUUCGUCACACAGAGGAGAUGGACAUCUCUGCUUGUAGAAGAGUUUGUUUUUUUGCCCUAAAUUAGGUUUCAAGUUCUUGUUGAAAUAGUGGUUUUUCUUUGACAAAUGUGCUCGUUUCUUCUUAAUUUUGGCAUUCAAAUGAUCUAUCAAUCAUAGUCGAUGAAGAUUGCGUAUUCUAAAAUACUGAAGCCAUAGCUUCUUCAGCUAAAACUGUUGUGCUUUUGGACGAUGGAACCAUAUUUCAUUCAUUGUUACAUAUCGACACAAAAAAUCUGAUUCAUUACAUGUAAGCAUAGCCGUUGUUGUUUUUGAUGGACUGUUAUUGAACCCACUUCGGAAAGAGCUUUUCCAUGGUUAAAUGUUUAUGCGUAAUUGUAAAAAUAUUGCCUCCUGAUGUUUUUAUGGUCGAUUAAAUUUAACCAAUUUGUGGAUUUUUUUUUUUGUUUUCUGGAGUUCACCACGUUCACCAUCAUCAGUGCCUGUACGACCACGUUUAUAUUCAACAAACCAAUAACAAAUGGUUCUUUUCGAUGUAGAAGAGAUAGGAUAAACUAACAAAGGAAAUUGUUUUGAAUCUAUUGUUUUAGAAAUAACAAAACUAGCUUCACUUCAAUGGCUGUCACUUUUUUCUGACUAAUCUCAUUGUCAUGAAAUUUUACACACAUUUUCGGUGUGUCAAUCACACGACUUACUGAGUGAUGUGUUAAUUUUCCGAAUCGAUCGAUUCUUCUAAUACGGUUAGGCAAGUCUUCCAGUUUUUCAGUACUACCUGGCAACACUGUCUUCUCGGUGGCAUUUAUCUGAACCGAUUAUUUCUUUCUUUUUUUUUAUCAGACACAAUUGGCAACAAUUGCGAUGCGAUGACAGCCUUCAAAACCGAACGAACGAGUUCGAAGGAAGCAGAACACGAAAUAAGAAGAAAAAACGUGUAUGGAACAUGAAUUCCAUUGUCAAAACCGGCGCACUUCUGUUGGCUGAAGAUGAUUCGCUUUUAUUUUCUUACCGGAUUUUUUUCCCGCCUACUAUUCCCUCGCAACCAGCCGUUAGGUAGCUGUAGUAGUGUCUAGUGCUUUGCCUUUGUCAAAUUUCAAAGGAAACAGCUAUUCUAUGCACUUUUCUUCGCUCCGGUACGGUUUGGUUGGUUGGUUGUGGGCGGGUAUCUAUUCCCACUUGGUGGACCAUUGUGUGUGCUCACAGGCAUGAUGAUGAUGUAUCCCAUCACGGCACAUCGCUACAGCGUCAAGUCAGAUAAGCCGAACAAGGUCAAGGUAACUCGAUCAAAAUGAGGCAUGUCUGUUGUAUCCGUGGCAUUCAGAAUGACAUAGUCUUCAUCCGAAGGUUUUUGAUAAAUCUGCACUUUUAUGCAGUGUAUUGUUUAUUUUGUGUUCCUUUUUUCCAUGGAAACAUCUACAAUGGAGUGCAAAGUAGACGAGCUUUCGGGGUAAAUAUGUGAAACCUGCAAUCAUACCACUCAUUUCGGCAGUGUCGAUAAAGAAGAUCAAGCAAAAUGCAAUAUUAUUCCGCCCAUUUUAUUCAGCACCAAACAAAUAAAUCGAACCGCCUCUGUCACCAUAGAUCAUUCCGAGUUUGCUUCUUCCUCUCGUCUUGCAGUUUUUUUUUGUCACUGUCGUUGUUUGCUCUGGCUUCCCGGAACUCUGUUUUGAUGAACAAUAGCAUUUGGCCUGAUUUUUUCUUCUCUCUCCUGUGCACCUCUAUUUUACUUUAUCUCGCGUACGUCACGCUGCCGUGACGAACGAGAUUAUAUUUUUUUACCUUUUUUUUGUUACAGUUGCCUGAAAGCCUUCGAAAUGGUUGCCGGAAACGCGCUUUUUCCCUCCAGCGAGCUGCCAAAGUAGUUUGGCCUAGUUUGAGGCGUCCGACGCUUUGUCUGGUUGGUGGCCGGCCGCGCCCGGCAUCAUCAACUGCGUUGACUGGUUGAUGUCACUGUUUUUUUUCCUUUUAACUUUUUUUUUGAUUUCAUUUCUCAUGCUAGAUGAAAGCAAAAUCAUCACUGAAUGUGGUUUUCUGCACUUAGCCGAGGUUGCGUGGGUUACGACUGUGUGCAUCGGUUUUAUUGUUAUGCCGCGUACAUCAAGGAAUAUAGGGGUGUUCUAAAGUCUACGAGAAUGUGAAACUUUACACAUUUCCCGCUCUGAAAUAGUCGUUUAUCUACCAUCGUCCAAUCACUGGAUCUAGGUAGCCUUGAAAUUCAUCCAUUUGGGUAACGCUCGCUUUGCUCAUCCGCUUUCGGUCGGUGCCUCGCUUGCUAAGGUGCUAUUUUAAACAGAUCAAAGCACUCCUGCGGUCACAGACGGCAGCCGUGGCAGCGUGGAUUCGUCGGAUUAUAUAAACUACAAAAUGGCGGCGGCAGACGGAAAAGUAGAAAACCUACGGGACGAAACAAAGAGAACAAAUAUGGGGGGAUUGGGGGAAUACAAACUUUUACCAGUACACUCUAGAAGGAGAACAAAUGGUGGCAGGUCACUAAAGAGAUGCAAUGAUAGUUAACGUUUUGAGAUUAUAUACAUUGUUUUCCGUAUACAACACACUCGCACACACACAUACCCAGCUAGAGAGAAAAAGAAUAAAAAAACUACCGACCCCAGAAUGAUGAAGGAUACAAAGAAAAAAAUAGCCACAUACUAACAACCACAAACACAAAGAAAAUACAAUAAAUAUACUGUUGAAAAUAUUUACAUGUUUACAGAGAGAAUUUAAGCAAAUCAAACCCAAAUGUGUUGUUAGUUAUUGAAUGCGGAAGCUUAAUGUUUACUGAUAUUUUAACAAUGUAAAAAUGUAAAUCAAAACAAAGCUAAGUUUCGGUCCGGUCCGGAAGGAAACCCGAGAAAAAAAAAACAAAAAUUAGAACAUAUAUAUAUAUUAAACAAAAAUGACUGAAAAAAUGAAACAGAAAACCUUAGCUGAAA